CUGUAGUUGCGGGUGUGUUAGAUGGUCGCAGGUGAGCGCCCACUUUGCGUGUGUGUUUUCAUACGUGUCUAGUGCGUUGGUCGUCUGUGAGUGAGGGGACAGCGCGUGAGAGGAGCGCGGGGCCGGUGGAGGAGGCUUGUGUGCUGCUCCGUUUGGAUACAUGAUUGUUUCCGCUCCCUGCCUGCUCGCUCGCGCAACCUCUCCCUCGCUCGCUCCUCCGCGCGCCGCGCGCAAAUCUCCUGCAUUUCUCACAUUUUUUCCCUUUUCCGCCGAGAAGUGGCACCCGGCGCUCGGGGAGCGGCUCCUGGACGCCCGUUUUGCGAUUAUUAAUAUUAUUACUUAAAUGGCGGUGUUGAGGGAAGGACGACGGUUGAAAAUGUUCGUCUUCUCCGAGCCGGGGAGCCGAGCGCCAGCCAGGCGCUCCCCCGAAAAAAAACUCCGCACGAAACGCGCCUCUCCGGCGGGACUUGUUGCUCCUCCGGGACUCGAACCCCCGCCUCAGCCUUCGGGGUGACUCCUGUUUUUCCCCCUAGUCGGCUCCAGGCUGCGGCUUGGAGGACCCAACCGCCACCAUUGAUCCCAGCAGCUGGAGCGGCAGCGAGAGUCCUGCCGAGGACAUGGAGAGGAUGAGUGACUCGGCGGACAAGCCCAUGGACAACGACGCUGAGGGUGUGUGGAGUCCCGAUAUCGAGCAAAGCUUCCAGGAAGCUCUGGCCAUCUAUCCGCCCUGCGGUCGCCGGAAGAUCAUUCUCUCUGACGAGGGCAAGAUGUACGGGAGGAAUGAAUUGAUAGCCAGGUACAUCAAACUGCGGACUGGGAAGACGAGGACGAGGAAGCAGGUGUCUAGUCACAUACAGGUCUUAGCAAGAAAGAAAGUUCGAGAAAUCCAAGCUGCCAUCAAGGUACGUCUGGCUUUGCCCAGUAGCGGGGGGCCUUUCAUCGCCAUGGUUACAGGUUGUUCCUUUGUUUUCCUCCCUCCCCCUACCCUGCAGGUGUCUAGUCACAUUCAGGUUCUUGCCAGAAGGAAAUCUCGUGAGUUUCAUUCCAAGCUAAAGGUCACAAGCAUGGACCAGACAGUGAAGGACAAGGCCCUCCAGAGCAUGGCGUCCAUGUCGUCGGCCCAGAUCGUCUCCGCCACGGCCAUCCACAACAAGCUUGGUUUGCCGGGCAUCCCGCGCCCUGCCUUCCCAGGAGCGGCCGGGUUUUGGCAGGGGAUGAUAUCGACAAGCCAGCCUGGAUCGUCGCAAGACAUCAAGCCUUUCGCCCAGCAGGCGUACCCCAUUCAGCCGACAGUCACCACACCCAUUUCAGGGUAUGAGCCCCCUACAGCCCCAGCUCCCACUGUGCCAGCCUGGCAGGGCCGCUCCAUCGGGACCACCAAGCUCCGGCUGGUGGAGUUCUCGGCCUUCCUGGAGCAGCAGCGGGACCCGGACUCUUACAACAAGCAUCUCUUUGUGCACAUCGGACAGACAAAUCACUCCUACAAUGACGCCUUGCUGGAGUCGGUGGACAUUCGGCAGAUUUAUGACAAAUUCCCCGAGAAGAAGGGGGGUCUCAAGGAGCUCUUUGGCAAAGGGCCGCAGAAUUCCUUCUUCCUUAUAAAGUUUUGGGCUGACCUCAACUGCAACAUCCAGGACGAUGCAGGAGCCUUCUACGGGGUCACCAGCCAGUACGAGAGUUCGGAGAACAUGACAAUCACCUGCUCUACGAAGGUGUGCUCUUUUGGCAAGCAAGUGGUGGAGAAAGUGGAGACCGAGUAUGCGCGAUUCGAGAACGGACGCUUUGUGUACAGGAUAAGUCGGUCGCCCAUGUGCGAGUACAUGAUCAACUUCAUCCACAAGCUGAAACACCUGCCGGAGAAGUACAUGAUGAACAGUGUCCUGGAGAACUUCACCAUCCUGCUGGUGGUGACAAACCGCGACACACAAGAGACCUUGCUGUGCAUGGCAUGUGUGUUCGAGGUGUCCAACAGCGAGCACGGAGCCCAGCAUCACAUCUACAGGCUGGUGAAGGAGUGAGGGACGGUGGCCACCCGCGCGCUCACACACACAGACACACACACACGCACACACACACCUUUCGCACAGACUCAACCUCAACGCAAGUGGCAGUGCCUCUAAAUUGAAAAUCAGACCCAGAUUGCUUUGCGGUCACAUUUGGGUGAAGCCUAUUAAUAUUAUUAUUUUUCUUCCUUUGACUUACUUAAUGUAUAUGUGUAUGACUGCAGCUGUGAAUUGCGGUACAGUUGUAUUAUGUUUUGAUACAAAAAAGGUUCAUUUUAAUGAAUGACUAGUCAAUGUUUGUAGGAAGAUGUACAUAUAAAGUGGAAGUGCAUAACAUAAGACAGAAUUAUCUGUUGGUUGCAUUCAUUCAGCAGACAACGUCUUUUUUUUCUGAAUUUGUUUCCACAUUGUGUUGUCUUGUAAGAAGGAAAAGAACUACAAAGAUAGUAGCUUUGUUUCAUGGCUUAUGUAAACUACAUAAUAUGUAUUUGAGUGUGUAUGUAUGUGGUCGCUCGUGUGUUUGUAUAGAUGUAUAUACAUGCACACGCAUACACAUGUACAUUUUCCAAAGAAAAAGUAUUUGAAAUAUAUAAUUUUGGAUAAGUACAUUUAAGAAGAAAAAAUGAGAGCUAUUUAGAAGAUGAAAAGCUUGUGGAUAUCGUAACUACAAGGACACUACAUGACUUAAGCGUUUGUAGUGUUCGGGGAGCACAGACUCCAGUCCAGUUUAAAACAAAAAAAAAAAAAGUUUCACUGCGUCAGGUGACACACACGAGUGAAUGCACUGUGAGAACCACGUAUUUACACAUGUGGUUUAUAUAUACGUACAUAUAUACAUAUAUAGACACACGUAUAAAUUGCCAUCGAGGCCUCAGCCUGGACAAACCGUGUCGUCGCAAUAAGAAACCCAUCAAUGAUACCCCUUUAAAUUCUCCUGUGCUGUGCAGAUGUUCUCCAACUAUGUAAAUGGAAAACGGAGUUUUUUAAAAAUUUUAGAAAAAAAAACAAGCAUCACUUUGGGAAGAAAAGCACUGCAGUACUUCUGAGCUGAUUGUCACCUUGUCCUGAGCACUUGGUUCUUCUGCUAGAACAUGCCUUACUGAGGUGUCGCCCGUUACGUUUGCCUUCUAGAUUAGAGACGAAAGAAUUGUACGUGUCGGGAGCUGGUAGGGUUGGGUUGGGUGGGGUGGGGUGGGGUGGGGGGGGUGUGUGGCUGUACGGCGUCUCCUUUGUGCGCCUUUUCUGCUGCAGUGCGUGACCUCCCAAGAAAGGUGCGCACGCAAUUCAUUUAUUAGACACUCAUAUACACACACACUUGCACACAGAGCUGUGUCCCGUGUCGCCUGGUCGCUGCCUACACACACCUGAUUCCUGCAAACCUGUGGCCUACGUUAAGUUUUCUACAACUCUGAGCCUUAAAAAAGAAAACACGGUGGUGGUGUGAACUCCAAAAGAUGCCAUUAAAGCUGUGAGCUCUUUCCUAAGCUGGAAGACGUUUGUCGUCGUCAUCACGUCGUGGGAACUCCUUACAGUACAGAACUGCCAAAGUUUAAAUAGUCAUACAGUGCCUUAGUGUAUGUCGUAACACUGACCACCAUUCUAUCGUUGGAGCUCCCUUUCUCUUCGUUUCCAGGACAUUUCGAUCAAUUUGUGUGAAUAAGGGGAAAAAAUAUGCUUGACUUUAUCUUUCACAUAUAGAUGCCAACUUUUAAUUAUACUUUCAGUGACAGAAACAAGACGAUAGAGAUAUGAAUUCUUUCAAGAUCUGGUCAUAUAGUUACUGUCAUUGGGUUUAUUUUUCCAGAGUUAGACAAUGUAUGCUGAACUGAUUUUGCCUUUAACAUUCUGAAAGACCAAAAAUAUGUUGUCAAAGUGUACUGGAUCUCAAAUCGUUUCCUGCACUGUCAUGUGAAGGUGCCUUGGGUUUGACAUCUCCAGCUUAGAAAAGACAAAAUAAAAAAAUCUUAAUCACUAAUUGUAGCAAAACCAAAAAAGUAUACGUAAAAGGAUCACCACAUUGCCUUUUUUAGGUUUUGUUAAAAAGAAAAAAUGAGGGACACCUUCUGUUGCCAUGGAGGCAGAUGUGAUUUCCUACAAUUAUACACAAACAAUGCAGAGGGUGAUGUAUAAAAUAACUGUACAGACAGCAGAGUGAUCACAGCUCCUGCUUAAGGGCCUUCUUUCUUAAGCAGGAAAUAUUUUCAACAAAACUGAUACUUUUUUCCUCUUUUUUUUUUUAAAAAAAAAAAAAAAGUCUGCUGUUCAAAUCAUUGUUUCAACUACAACUACACUAAAUAUGGGUUUUAAGUUGUAUGAGCUGCCUUGGACUUGUAAUUUUCCCUCAGAAGUAGGUGAGGUCUUGCUAAAGUUGCCUCUUCUGUGUAUAAACCGCAUUUGGUUCAUAACUUGAUAACCUGAACACUGUUUGGGGGUUUUCUGCCCUGCACGUUCUGCUCGUCCGGACCGACACUACCAUGAAUGUCCUGUGACUGUUAGAAUACACACUAACUGACAUACAAUUAACAGACAAACCUUGAUUCCCAUGAGCUGCUCUUAAACAUCACUUUUAGGAGAAGAAGAAAAGCUGUUUUUAUUGCCAGAUGUCCCCCCCGUUUUUAUUUAACUUUUAUUGAAACUGUCACACCAGCUCCUGUGGUAACAGUUUCAUGCAUCUGAUGUCACAGCUCACACUAGGAAAAUGGGGGGGGGGGUCCAAACACACACACACACACACACACACACAAAUCCAAGCAGAGUUAGUAAAACUACCCUUUGUGAUGCUACGUGCCUGAAGUAGACGAUGGACGUUUGUAUUAUUUGCAGUCUAAUAGCCUUUGUUUCGUUAACCUCAUUUUUACUCCUUGAACGGUGUACGACGGCCGUCUCGCACUGUCUCUGUACCUGUGACUCCGUUCCGUUUUCUGUUGUGCUGCGCGACGGUUCUUGUGACGACUUCAUUAUAUUGAGAUGUCACGUCGGUGGUGAUGCUGUUACCGCUGCGCUGCUGGUACUUCGGACGCGUCGGCUGCGGCCCCCUUUGCCCACCCAGAGGCCGUGAGCCUUGGGCCAUGUGGAACGCUUGGACGUCUGCAGGAAGUGCCGACGCCGAGCGAAUCAGCAGCUCAGCUCUUGUUACUUGUUUUGUAUUCUGUCAGUUUGUAGGUACUGGUACCUUU